AUUGCACAUGUGACGUAUCCGCGAUAUCUCAAUAACAUUCAAACCAACAACGCACCUGGUCCAAACAUAAAGAUUCAAAUUAAUCCGGAGCACAAAACACGCGCCAUGGCAUCCGGCACUGACCUCGCGAUUCAUCUCCAAAACCUUAUACCAGAUACGCACGCCCAGCUCCGCGACUCUGUCCUACCAUCCCUCUUGAAGUCAGUGCACACCAUAGCAGGCCAUCUGCGCACUUCGCCCAGUGUAACCCAAGUCGGCACCGCUAAUGCAUUCGGCGACGAUCAACUCAACGUCGACGUACUCGCCGAGGACGCCAUCCGCCAAACAAUCAAAGACUGCCCUAGCAUAGUCACCGCCAGCAGCGAGGAAGACCCAAUCGAGAAGUCAUCCUCAGAAAAUAGCAGUACUAGUUCAGAAACCACCGAGCAAUACACACUAGCCUUCGACCCUCUCGACGGCUCCUCCAUCAUCGCCCCAAACUGGAGCGUAGGCACCAUCCUAGGCAUCUGGACUGGACCCUCAGCCCUGCAAUCCAACCCAUCCACCCACCAAAUCGCUUCAAUCCUCGGUGUCUUGGGUCCCCGUACCACAGCCAUCAUCGCCCUCCGCCUCCCCAACACCGCGCCCACCUGCUUUGAAGUCGGAUACUCGGCCUCAGGCUCCAUCCAAGUCAUCCGGCCAACCGUACAGUUGGCCUCCCCUUCAGAGACGAAGACCCGGUACUUCGCCCCCGCCAACUUGCGCGCCGCGGCUGAUGACGAGAAAUACAUGAGUCUGAUCACGCAUUUCAUCCAGCGGAAAUACACACUCCGCUACAGUGGCGGUCUCGUCCCGGACAUCGUACACGCACUCGUCAAGGGCCACGGCAUCUACAUCUCCCCCGUAACACCACAAAGCAAAGCUAAACUCCGCCGCCUCUACGAACUCGCUCCCAUCGCCCUCAUCAUCGAGUGCGCCGGCGGCGCAGCUCUAGAUUCCGCAACCGGCGAGCGCGUGCUGGCUGUUGCAGUAACAGAUACGGAUGAGCGAGGGGGUCUGGUAUGUGGGAAUCUGGAGGACGUGGAGGAGGUACGCAAAGCACUAUUACAUUGAACGACCACAUGUCUGCAUAUCUGCCGUACUGAGUCUCAACCAAUCCCGCGCUUAGCUAGCUAGAAUACAUUUUUAUACCUU